CCGAUCACAUGUGGACAGCUCUGCACCAAUAGAUAUUGCAAGACAAUGUUGUGGUUGGUGAGUGUGCUGUGUGCUGCCGCGGUCGCUGCGGCUCCUAGGGACGAUGGCGGUGCUGAUCGGAUUAUUUUUGAUACACCAGAGGCGAUAUUAGCCAAUGGAUACCCUGUGGAGCUACACCACCCGGUGACAGAAGAUGGUUACAUUCUGGGCGUGCACAGGAUCCCCCACGGCAGGGACCAGGCGCCGGCGGCCGAUCGGCCUGUAGUCUACUUGAUGCACGGCCUCUACAGCGUUGACUUCCAAUUCGUCUCUAUGGAUCCAGAAUUUAGCAUGGGUUACAAUAUGGCGGAUGCUGGAUUCGACGUUUGGAUGGGUAAUGCUCGCGGCAACAGGUACUCGCGUAACCACACCACGCUGGACCCCGACGGCGAGGCAGACCAUAUGCGCUUCUUCGAUUUCAGUUGGGAAGAAGUCGGUAUGUACGACAUCCCUGCUGCCAUUGACUAUAUCCUCAACUACACUGGCAAAGACAAGCUUCACUACAUCGGACACUCUCAAGGAGGCACCGUGUUCCUCGUGAUGGGAGCCAUGAGGCCCGAAUACAACGCCAAGUUGGAAACAGUGCACCUGCUCGCUGGUGUCGGGUAUCAGGAGUACUUCCCCAACACCAUACUCCGGGCUGUAGCUACCUUCAGCGAUAUUAUAUACAACAUAGCUCUGUCUCAAGGCUUGAUCGAGAUGUACCCGGCCAGGAUACUGGAAGUGAUCAUCGGUAUUAUCGUUGGCGGCGGGAGCACCACCAGAGACGACCUGUGCUUUGGAGAUCCGAAGCAUUCAGCCCUGUGCCAACUUAUCGGCACGAAAUAUUUCAUGCCGCCAUAUAUUAUGAGAGACGACAUCAACGCCACGAAUAUCGGCGACGUAAUGGACAUGUUCGCAGGGCUCGGAGGCGGGUCGUUGAAGCAAGUCGCACAUUAUGGCCAAAACAUUAGAGACAAAAUAUUCAGAAGAUUCCACUAUGACAGUGAGCAGAACCUGGAGUUAUACGGCACGCGACUACCGCCGGCAUACGACCUGUCGCUUAUCACAUCUCGUGUCAUAAUGCAUUAUACCGUAAAUGAUGUUUUGCUCGAUGAAAGGGAUGUCUAUGCUAUGGCCGCGGACCUCCCCAAUGCGCAGGUCAGGAGGGUGGCUCGAGAAGACUUUGGGCAUGAAGAAUUCGUCACCGCUGAAGACGCUAGAGAACUGGUCACCGACUAUAUUAUAGACUACAUUGCCAGGGCGCACAACCGUGAGCUGGAUGAGGAAGAUGGGGAUGCGGCAGUCACUGACGCCCCCAUACCCACCACCACCCCGGACUCCGCUACCGACCUGACAUUCAACGUAUUCCUGAAAUUGUAUCUCUUACUAUGUACUAUUUAUUAUGUGAUUUAGAUAUAAUAUACAACAUUACUAGUAAACCUAUAUAAUUAUAUUGCUGUGUAUACAUUGUAAAUUAUGUAAAUAUAAAUUAAACAAAUGUAAAUAAUAUAUUUAGAUGUAUUUUCACUUUUAAAGAAUAUUACUUUCUUUAUAUAAAUAUAUUAUACUUAUUCGCAACUAUUUAUUUUGCGACGGAAUUGUAAAUAAUAUUA